UCUGGCAACACGGUGCGUCGAGGCGCCAGGCUGCGCCCGCGUCUCGAGAGCGGAUCGACCGCCUUCACUUUCCAGGUGUUCCCAUCGCUUACGUGCUUACGAAAAUAGCCAAAUUAUAAAAUGGACGAUUAUCGUGCAAGCUCGCCGUCACAGACUUCUCAUAUGCUGUCCGAAGAUCCAGACGUCUCCCCUUACCGUGAUAAGGCCGUACUUACAAAGCCUGUGAUAAACUACCGCAAUAACAAUGAAAAUAAUUUCAUCAGUGGUUAUGUGCCCGUGGAUACUACAAAACCGAAGUAUAGAGGAAGAAAGACGUUUGCGUUUUGGACCCUGUUGACGCUACUUUUUAUCCUAGUUAUUGGAAACCUGAUGUUAACUUUGACUAUCGUUGGGGUUUUGAGAUUGGGCCAUGGAACGCAAAAUAUACACCUCGUUCCGAAUCACGAAGCCAUCAAGUUUUCGGGAGAUGUAGAUUUGGACCACAUUUACAAACGCGACGGCAGGAUCGAAGGAUUCCAGGAUAAGCCUGUCGAAAUAUUGUCCAGAAAUAGCCCUAUUCUCCUUAAUCUGAGCAAAAACGGCAGAGGUGUUAAUAAGGCUAAAGUCGACUUGAACGAAACUGUAUUCCGAUAUGUUAAUUAUUUCCAAGUCAUCGACAACGAGAACAAAACACUGUUCACGGUGACUGAACCUACUUAUGAAUCGCUGAAGAAUGUGGGAAAUUUCAAGACCAAGCACGUGCAAACCAACAGGAUUAGAAGCCAAAUCGAUGAUGAACUGAAGAUAAGUGGGGAGGUGGUUAACGUAAGAGGUGCGGAAGGUAGCCGGAUUGAAGGGAAAGAAAUAAUCUGGAAUGCAGAUCAAGACAUCUAUUUAAAGAGCAUUAAUGGCUCUAUAGUGCUAUCUGGAAGUGAUGGAGUAUACCUGGACUUCAAAAGGAUACCGGUGGCCAAAUUAGGAGCGAAUAUCUAUGCCACUUCGCAGUUCAAACUGUGCGUUUGUAUGCCUGAAGGAAAAUUAUUCAGAAUACCAGUGGCCAACAUUAAUGAGAAAGUGUACUGUCAUCACGUUAGUAUGAUGCAGAAUCCUUGUAGUCGUUAUUAUUAGAGUAUGUUAAUCUGAAGAUGAUAGAAGUAGGUGUUCGACCGAAGCUAGAUCUCGUCUUCAGCAAAGAAAGGAAAGACCGAGAGUUUCGAAAAAUCACCACUCACGAGAAGUUUUCUGAAGAUAUCGCGUUUCAGUGGAAUAAAACAUAAAGUUUGUAACAAAGGAUGCUAAUGUACGUUAACAUAUACAUAACAUAACAGGCGGUUAGUUCAUUCUUUUCUGAAGAAAUCAAUUAGGUACGCAGGAAUAUCUUUGAGCUACGAGUAUCAUUAUACAUAAUUUUGUUAGAAGGAGAAUUCUAUAGGACAAGCAUUCUGAAACAGAAAGCCUAGUUUACUAUAGAUGUACACCAGUUUUCGUUAAAAAUUCAUAAUUGCUGUAAUCGAUUUCAUCUACUGGACUAUAUAUAAAAAUUUGAUUAGAACCAAGGCAAGGUCACAACUUAUAAAAAACAAAGUCAGUGACGCAAAGGCUCGUUAUUUUUAUAACACAACCCUCAUUUUCUAUUUACUCGGCAUUCGGCUUUGGCCGAAGGUUCUGUAGUAAGCCAAACAUCGACUUCGUCAAAAAAAUGUACCUUCGGUCGGACCGUAGAUUGAAGUGCGAUUCAUGGCGACUCGCUUGUCAUUUGUUGUUUGAUAUCCUGAUUAAAGCCAAGACGCGUCAAAUAACAGCAUCAAAAAGGUGCAUAGGAGAAUUCUCUCCGGAAUAAAAUACAAGUUUCUAGACAAAUAUAUUGCGAUUACAGAAAGAUGUUUUGUAGCACAAUAAUACUUACCUAUAGAGGUUAAACUGUAUUUUAUUUUAAUAUGUGAUCUCAAUGAUGAUAAUAUCGUUAUAUGUUUGUAUGAUAGAGGAAAUAUCUAAUAAAACGUAUUGUUAUAAUGCUGGAAAUUCAUUAGCUACAUACAUUUAGUACAAAAAAGUAGGGUAUAUUGUACCGCUUUUUUAAUUAUACCACCUCAGUACUUACUGAAUUGCAAAUUUCUAACACCUGUUUGAUGCCUCAUGGCGACAAAUUUGUUGGUUUCUGUAAAAAGUAUUGAUGCAGUAUGAAAAUAAAACAAGCCUUUGUGACCAAAAUAAUCGCUCUGGCAGUUGGGGUGGCAAUUUUCGUAACUAUUACAAGAUUUUAGGAAAUUAAAAUUUGACCUAUCGUUUUAAGAGAUAAAUAAUAGAACAAUUUGUACCAAUGUUUGGUUUGUUGAAUUGUACCGAAAUACCUUAUAGGAGAUAUGAUCAAUACAAUCAUUACGUGAUAUUUGUGAUUUCUGUGCCUAAGUAAAACAAAUAUCGUCAGUUAUUUGUUGUGCUUACGAUUUGUUUUACGAGUGCCCCAAAUCGGUGAUUCUUAUGUUUUGAGUUCUGUGAAUGAAACUUACCAAUUUAUAUUCGAUCUUGUUUAGUUCUGUCGAGUAAAAUUUUGUCACAUCUAGUUUCCUAAUGGAUGAUCUCUGUGCACUGGUUACCUAAAUUAAUUCUUAAAUUAACAAUGAAGAUUUAAUGCUUUCUGGUAAGGUACAAUUUGGGAUUCG